CCCGUCCCUCACACAACUAACAUACGGAAGCCGAGAAGUUCCGAAUGUCUGUUAGCUUAUUGUGGGUACAGAGCCGAGGCAUGAAGUAAAAAAGAAAAUAAAAACUCCAUCCAGCUAGGUUUUACGGUUCUGCGGGUCGUUUCAUCCCCUCUGAAGAGUCUGGUGGGGACGGCGCGUGCCAGCUGUCGUAUAAAUAAAAAGAAGAGAAGAAGACGAGAAAACAUAAGAUGGCGGAGAGCUGCAACGGUGCGCCACAGCCGCUAACUUCAGACGCAGAGCUUGGGAAGUUACCUGACUUACUGGAGCGUGGUUGGAAGAUAUUUGAAGAGGUGGACGGUACCAGUGAGCCUCUGGGCUCCAGCAGCGUCCAGGUCCGGGUUAAACGCGCCAUCAGCAUGCUGGAAGAAGCGUCCAGAAUGGUGGCUCAGCUCGACCUGUUCAGCCGCAACGAGGAGCUGGAGGAGAUCUCCACCGCAGACCUGAAGUACCUGCUGCUGCCCGCCCUUCUCGGAGCCCUGCACAUGAAGCAGACCAGCCGGGACAAGCGGCUGGAGAUCGUCCAGACCGCCCGAGUUUACUUCCUGGACUUCCUGAGGCGAUGCAACGACUACAGCAUAGCACAGGUUCACCUGCCAGAGUCAGCCCGAGAAGACACACCUGACGAGGACUCCUCUGACCAUGGCUGUCCCAAAGCUCAGUCUGUCCCUGCAGGCCCAUCAGACCUGGUUGCCAUGGCAGCAAAGAGACAGUCUAAGAUCGAGCGGUAUCGACAGAGGAAGGACCUGGAGGCCAGAUUGUCAGACGUACGAAGAAUGGUGGAGAGCGGACAGGCCGACGACGAAGUCAGCAGAGAUUUUUAUCUCCUGAACGUGCGGAGAUGGGUCACAGUGUGUCUGGAGGAGGUGGAGAGCAUCGACCAGGAGGUGGAGAUCCUCAGGAACAUGGAUGUUCUGAAGCAGGGGCCCAGCAAGCAUCCCACUCAGCCCGCCAGGCAGCCCAUGAAGCCCUUCAUCCUCACCAGAGAUGCUGUUCAGGCUCAGGUGUUCGGAGCCGGUUAUCCCAGCCUUCCCACUAUGACAGUGGACGACUGGUACGAGCAGCACACCAAACACGGAGCGCUACCUGAUCAGGGCGUUCCCAGGCGGGUCGCCGUGGAGGACGACGCUGAUGCACAGGAGAGGGCAGAAGAAGACAAGGAGCAAAGGGCUGAGAACGAUGAGCAGGAGUCUCUGCAGAAAGCCAGAGACUGGGACGAGUGGAAGGACAGUCACAGGAGAGGGUACGGGAACCGGCAGAACAUGGGCUAACACGCGUGUGCACAUGCACACGCCUGGCUCUGUGUUAUACUCUGCUACACCAGGAAGUGUUCUCACACUGGAAACCUGUUCAUGUAAACACCAGGAAAACACACAUACACCCGUUCUGGUUCUACACCUGUUUUGGUUCCACACCCGUUCUGGUUCUACACCUGUUUUGGUUCCACACCCGUUCUGGUUCUACACCUGUUUUGGUUCCACACCCGUUCUGGUUCUACACCUGUUCCGGUUCUACACCUGUUCCGGUUCUACACCUGUUCCGGUUCUACACACGUUCCGGUUCCACACCCGUUUUGGUUCCACACCCCUUCUGGUUCUACACCCGUUCUGGUUCUACACCUGUUUUGGUUCCACACCCCUUCUGGUUCUAUCCCCCCGUUCCGGUUCUACACCCCUUCUGGUUCUACACCCGUUCCGGUUCUACACCCGUUCAGGUUCUACACCUGCUGAGUGAUUAUUGAUCUGCAGAGUCAUGUGAUCAGUGCCAUUUGAACUGUAUAAACGUCUCUGUUAAAUCCUGUUUCAGUUUCCAGAAUGGAUCUAAAUCUUAUUUUGAAUUAAGAUCCAGUUCCUGAUCCUGAUCUAGAUUUUAGAAAAGAACAUGACAGAUUCACUGGCCAAGGUCUCUGGAGCUUGUCCUGGUCUGUGUUCUGGUCUUUGUCUCUGGUAAUAAAAACCUGUUUCCGGUU